UCUUCUUUUUCUUUCUUUCUUUUUUUUUUUUUUUUUCUUUUCUUUUCCUUUAAGGUUGAGAAAGAGACAAACAGGAGACAGGAAGCUGAUCUGCGAGGAGGAUUUGGAGUUGUGCUAAAAAGGACUUUGAUUUUUUUUUCCCCCCCUUUCCAAAAGCUGGCAAUUGACAUCGCUACAGACAGCUUGGUCAGAGAACAAACUGCCUUAUCCCAAGUAGACCCUGGCAGCCGGCAGAAGCUUGCAAGAUCUGGGGAGGCUGUCAGUCUGUCUGUCUGGCUUUUUUUUCCUACAGAUCCCACUCCCCAGCUUUUUUUUUUUUUUUUUUUUUUUUUUUUUUUUUUUUUUUUUUUUUUUCUGGUGUGUUUUUGUUUUGCUUUGCUUUUUGAAUUCUUACCGUGUUGGAACUAGCCAGUGGUGGAGUCUCCGAAGCCUCAUCAGUCAUCGGACUGUCAGGAAUAGUGGUUUAAGAGGAAGCUCGGCCUGGGGCACUAUACCCGGUCAUCCAGUUCCCUGCUCGGAGAUAAAGAUUCCAGCUACAUGGGCAAACGCCUGGAUCAGCCACAAAUGUACCCCCAGUACACUUACUACUAUCCUCAUUAUCUCCAGACCAAGCAGUCCUAUGCACCAGCUCCCCACCCCAUGGCUCCUCCCAGCCCCGGCACAAACAGCAGCAGCAACAGCAGCGGGGAACAGUUGAGUAAAACCAACCUGUACAUUCGAGGGCUUCCGCCAGGCACGACUGACCAGGACCUAAUCAAGCUGUGCCAACCGUAUGGAAAAAUUGUAUCCACAAAGGCAAUUCUUGACAAAAACACGAAUCAGUGCAAAGGUUAUGGUUUUGUAGAUUUUGACAGUCCUGCAGCCGCACAAAAAGCAGUAGCAUCUCUCAAAGCCAAUGGAGUGCAGGCACAGAUGGCCAAGCAACAAGAGCAAGACCCAACAAAUCUAUACAUCUCAAAUCUCCCAAUUUCUAUGGAUGAGCAGGAACUUGAGAAUAUGCUGAAACCAUUUGGGCAUGUCAUUUCCACAAGAAUACUAAGAGACGCUAAUGGAGUCAGCAGAGGUGUUGGCUUUGCCAGAAUGGAAUCUACUGAAAAAUGUGAAGUAGUAAUUCAACAUUUUAAUGGAAAAUAUCUGAAAACACCACCAGGCAUCCCAGCUCCCAAUGAACCAUUACUGUGCAAAUUCGCUGAUGGAGGACAAAAGAAACGGCAAAAUCAAAGCAAAUAUACCCAGAAUGGGAGGCCUUGGCCCAGAGAAGGAGAGGCUGGCAUGGCUCUGACCUAUGACCCCACAGCUGCCAUACAGAAUGGAUUUUAUUCUUCACCGUACAGUAUUGCAACCAACCGCAUGAUUCCACAGACAUCUAUCACGCCAUUCAUUGCUGCUUCCCCUGUCUCCACAUACCAGGUCCAGAGUACUUCAUGGAUGCCUCAUCCGCCAUACGUUAUGCAACCAACAGGUGCUGUGAUCACACCAACAAUGGAACAUCCUAUGUCAAUGCAGCCAACAAACAUGAUGGGUCCCCUGACACAACAGAUGAAUCACCUUUCACUGGGCACAACAGGAACGAUUCAAUCCCAAGACAGGAUUAUGAUACUCCACCAGCUGUUGUGUCAGUAUAUGACUGCCGCAGCUCCUAUGCAAGGGACCUACAUUCCCCAGUACACGCCUGUGCCUCCAACAGCUGUUUCUAUUGAAGGUGUUGUUGCUGAUACCUCUCCCCAGACAGUGGCACCUUCUUCCCAGGACACCAGUGGUCAGCAGCAACAGAUAGCGGUGGACACGUCCAACGAACACGCACCUGCAUAUUCUUACCAACAGUCUAAACCAUAAACAGAAGAAUGUCCGCCUGAAAUUUUGCCUUGAAUGAAGAAACUUCACUGAACAAGAACUUAGUUGGCUUCCAGUUUGCACAGGCAUCAAUGGAAGGCUUCUUUUUUUUUUUUUUUUUUUUAAUUUUAUAUUAUACUCAGUGAAACAAAGUCUUUAUGUGCUGUGCAAAUGGUUCCUUCAUGUGGUCUGACGAUUUAUUUUUGCCACCCUUUCUUUUUUACUUAAAGGAAAAGAAAUCCCAGGGCUGGGGGGUGGGGCUAUGGAAGGUUAACAUUAUCUCUGGAAGAGCAUUUGAAUUCAAACUUUACCUGAAUGUAUAGAUAGAUUUUAUUUUUUUCUUUUUUUUUUAAUGGAAAACCUGAUGUCAAGAGUUGGGCAAACCAAUAUGGAAGCAAAUAGUCUUCCUCAGUAAUUAAGCUACUUUUUGUUUUUCCCUUCCUGUUUAAAUCUGGUGGGUUGUUUUUUCUUAUUUUAUUUUUUCUUAGAAAUUUUUAGGUAAGGUUUAUCUUGAAUCUUAAUUGCCUUAAUUUUAAGGACGUCAAAAGCUCUCAAGGCAAGCUGUCAACGUCUUGUUUAAAAAAAUAAUUCAAGAAAGAAUUGAAAUAUUGUGCCAGCUUUAACUGGUACAGAAGCUUAAGACUAUGCGUUUUUAGGGUGAAGAAAACUGUACAGUUUAAAAGAAAACGUUUUUCUUCAUUUGAAGAAAAUUUGUUGAUAAAAGAAACCAUGGCAACUGCAAGAAUUGGGAAAUGCUGGGACUUUUCAUGAACUUUGUCUUAAGUGUUGACACAAAUCGUUCUAGAAGGCUAAAACAUUUUACAGUAAAGUUAUUAAUGUUGGUUUAAAACAACUGCAUUAGAAAUAAUGCGUGUUGGGGGGCAGAAUGCAGAUUUUUUUAUUUACAAAGCGUGAUUGCUAGCAAAAGCAUUAGUGCUUUUUAUCUGCAGUCUUUUUUAUGAGCUUUACAAAGUUUUUAGUCAGCUUUGCUUGUCACAUUGCAAAACUUAGCUAAGAGCAUUAAAAACAAAACAAAAAAAAAAAGUAAGUAGAUAGGAGCUUAUGGUCAAAAAGUGCAAAAAAACAAAAAACAAAAACAAAAAAAGCAAUAGAUAGAGAAAUUGUUGACAAUUUCUGUAGUCUUUCCUAGUUGUGAUCAAAUUCAGCCUAAGGAUGGCCUAUUUUAUACCAAAGAUGAAGUGAUACCCUAUUACAGUCCAGAAGAUAGAGGUUCUUCUUCUUGUUUUGUUUUGUUUUGUUUUGUUUUGGUUCUUUUCUUUAAAAUUUUAUUUGACCUACAAUGGCCGGACCAGUUCUUACUUUGUUGUUUGUUUAAAUUACCUUCCACUGGUAUUUUACAUACUGCAAAAAGAAUUUUUUUAAAUGUAUAUUUGUUUAUAACAGAAGCUCACGCCGGCUGUGUUCAGCGGUCCCAGCAUGAAGAGUUCUGGAUACCAAUUAAUUGAGCCAAGAAGCUUUUAAUUUUUUAAGCUUUUAUGGUUCCUUGCUAGCUCUCUUCAAUAAGACACCUGUGUUGAUGGCCAACAGUAAGCCAAGAGACAUGUGUAAGAGGCUGGACUUACUUUCUGUGGAUUGUGAACUAAAGAUACUUCCUGAACAUGGCCUGGAAGGUCUCUGAAAUGUCAUUUGUCGGAAAAGCUUAGUGAUACUGUGUGAAAUGGUGAGUGGUCUCCUGCAAAGGUCUCACGGUAUUUGUAACAACCUAACAAUGGUCUUCCUCCUAAAUUCCAGUAACCUCCUUGUUUUGUCUUCUCACGGCAGUCCUGUCAUCAUCUACCAUUACUGGCUACUUUGACGCUGCAGGUGGGGAGGGGUUGUUUUCUUUUUGUCUCUUUUCACAGUGUAUUCAUGUCUUGAUCUUGCCUGAAAGAAAGAAAAUAUACCUUUUUAUGUCAGUUUAAUUUUCUGAGGCAAGAAGUACCAGUAAUACUGCGGAUUCUCCUAGUGGGAUUUAGGGAAACUGUUAAAAUGCUAGUUGACAAUCAAGAAAUUGUAUGAUUUAUAUCAAUAAGUACCAAAAGAACUAGUUUUGAUCAAUCAUUAAAGCCAAAGGAGCUAUAUACAUAUAGAAUGAUACAAAAUUGUAUCUAAAAUUAUUAAACCGAUUUACCUAGAAAACAUCUUUACACUUUUGAUUCGUCAAGGUCACAUUAAACAUAUACAGUUUAAACUGAAAUUGAAGAAAAGCAAAUGAAAUUUUGUUCAUUGAACUACUCACUAGAAGUGCAUUUUGAAUGAAUCAUUUCAGUCACAAAGAGAAACUCUUUCAUAAACUAAGUAAGUACCAUACCGGAACCUGACUUUGCCCAGAAGAAAGAGGAAAAUGUCUAAGUGCACUAUAAAAGAACACAGGGUAGACUUUUAAAAAACAAAAAAAAAAUAUAAAAGGCAAAUCAGUAUUCUCAUUAGGUGGGUAUGAAUAAGGAGAUGAAUACAGAGUUUUACUCAUAUGAAAUUGCUAAUAGUCCACUGUUUAAAUAGAUCCUGCUUUUUUAAAUUUGCAAGCCCAUGGAUGGAAGCUCAAACCCAGAUUGACUGCUCAUAUAUGUAGUUUAACCACUGGCAAAAUACACCAACAAUAUGUGGCGUAUGCCACACAGAAACUCAACUGGUCACAUCCUGAUGGUUUUCCAUGCUGUAGAGAGAAUCCUAGAUUUAAACAUUCUCCACUGUAUCCUUCAGCUUCCCAUGUAUUGCAAUGGUGGUGUUAUUUUGGAAAGAGGGUUCCGCAUAAUGCAAAAAAACCUGUAUGGGAACUAUAUUUUCUAUUUCUCUUUUUGGCACUUGAAAUUCUUUGUAUCAAUAAGGUUUAUCCUAAGAAUACUUCACUUAAAUAUAAAGCCAACAUGGAUUCAUUUCUUUCGGUAAAAAAUAUCAAAAAUGUAUAUUAAUAUGAUACAAAGAAAGACUCAUCCACACAUUCAUCCGUGAGGGUAAGAGGUAGCUAACAUGUGGCUGAUAAAUGUGCCUAGGUAACUUCUUGUUUCUAUUCAAAACUGCUGCUUUAUUUAUACAUUCAGAUACUUUUCUUCAACUAUGAAAUUUUAGUAGUCUCAGGAAAUUAUUCUCCCUGUCAUUUUAUGUGCCCAUGUGUGUUUUACGUUUGGAUUGUUAAUAUCAUUAAAUUCUAUAAAAUGUGCUAUUUCAAACCAAAAAGAAACAAAAUGAUAAAAAAAAAUGCGCAUGUCCAAAUUGCACCCCUAUUCUGUCAUUUGACCUAGGAACUGUUUUCAAGAAUCCAUUCUUGGGGAGAGGGAAGGGGUCUUGACAGGUAAGCAGCAUUAAAUUGUUGGAAAAAGAAAGAAAAUCAAAAUAUGUGUUCAAAAUACACAAAUACCAGAAAACUAAUUUAGUUAGCAACAUAUAUUGUGGGAUUUUAAUCUUAUUUAGGACUAAAAUCCUUUUUACAUGAAGUUAAUUUUCUUUGUAUUGUGACUUACCAAACAUGUACUUACCUGCUUCAUUGUUUCCUUUUGACAUUGCUGUGACUUAUCCUACACAUUUGGAAGUAAAAGAACACCACAGUGUGUAGAAACCAGAGGCGCCCAAAGCAAAGCCAUAUCUUGAAAGGACAACAAAAUUCAGAUUGUGUGAACUAGAGGGAAUGCUAGCAGGUGCUGAUGAUGAUUUGGUUUUCAAUGCUAAUGUGUCUUUUAUAUAAAAGCUGGAAUAACAUUUUAAAGAAAAUCCAUUAUUUAACUCCAAUUUGGCCCACAUUGUUUGUUUCCUUGGUAAAUUUCAACAGUUCAGACAGUAUUGUCUCAUGUUUUACUUGAAUUAAUUAUUUGUAUGGCUUCAGCAGAUUUACCAUCUUGAAAAACAUAUGACGCCCUUUCACCUCUUUCUAAUGCAAGAUAGCCUGGCAUUAAAAGUGUGCUCCUCCUGCCUUGGAGGUGGAGGCUAAGGACUGAAGAAGGCUGAAGGAAGCCAAGAAUUCACAUUAUUUCACUAUGGCAACAAAAGACACUGGCCCUAUCAGAAACUUAAAGAAUUAUUUUUUCAUUCAUAUAUAACCAAAAACAGCUCUGAAUUUUGAUUUUUUCAAAAAAGUAAAUAAUUGAGAUGUCUCUUCUACGGCUAUAUAAUGUUUAUAAUGGCCUAAAAUCUCCAUUAAUGAAAAGUGAAAUUUGAUUUAAAUAGGACCUUUGUGGUCUUUUCCAUGAUUGAAGACAACUUUCAGUGGGCUGUCUAGACAGAUAAUGAUGUAAAUAGAUAACAAUACAUUCAACAAUUCAGUGUCAUUCCCAAUUUGAGUGCAUCAACCACUGCAGAUGAAUUGAUAAGCAGAGAAAAAUUAUUGUAUUUCAGUAAUAAGUGUUUUUAGAGAUUUUUAAACUGAACAAGGGACAACAUUUAUGUACAUAUAUAACAACUUUCAGCACACUUGAGUAAUCAUGCACUGUAUCACAGUAUGACAAGUCAUCGAAUCUUGGUCUAUUUUCUUUGACCUGAGUAAGGUUAAAGGAUGGAUCUUACUUUUCAUGCUGUUGUGGCUGGGUGCUACACAGUUGUAAGUUUCCUGAACCUGACAGCCUCUCGUGUCCAUCUGAGGGAUUGACAGCAUUUAAACAGCCUUAUUGCUUCUGAACACUGUAUGUUUUCUGUGGCAAAAUGAUAAUGAAAUUUCAUUAAUGAAUAUAUUUGGUUUACAAAUAGAUAGCGUCCAUUACACACUGGAAGACAAUCGGGAAUGACCAAGAUUAACACUUCUUACCAAAUAUUUUAAAAUAUGACAUUGGUCUCUUAAUCCAAAUAUUCUUGGUUUGGGUUUUGUGGAUUAUGUGUUCAGAAAAGUUUAAAAGCUCAAUGCUGAACACCUAAGUGGCCCCAAAGAUCUUCUAUGAAGUCAUAGGGAGGAGUUCAUGCUAGAUUAAUGAUUUCUUUUAAGUGUGGUUUUUACCCCAGCAUAUAAAUGUUCACUUGUCAUCAAAACAAACAAACAACUACAAAGAGAGAGAGAGACAGAGAGAGAGAGAGACAGAGAGAGAGAGAGAGACAGAGAGAGACACAGAGAGAGACAGAGAUGAGCAAGCUCUCAAUAUUCACCUCUGUGUAUCUUGAGGUGGGAAAAUAAAGCAUUAAGAAAAGUUUCUUCCACCCAGGAAGAUUAUGGAAUUGAGUUUAGAAUCAUCGAGCUUGGAGUCUGCAGAAAGAACCACAAGGCCACUGAGUGCACAGUGGAGCUUUUCCUAAAACUGCCCCAUUUCUGAGUUUUGCAAAUAUACUAUCGCUCUCAAUUUUUGAAGGGCUAAUUGUCCACUUUGAAUAUCUGUCUUUUCUGCUCAAGAAUUAGGCUUUGGGCACUGUUUCCAUUCAUUAGUAUUUCACCUUAGGGAUGGGAAAAAAAUUGGAAGUAAAAUUCAAAUGAGUCAAUUGUUACUUAACUACUGAUUUAUUGAGAGUUGAAGUCAUUAAGAAAACUCGCAUCGGUGCACUGUAGACUCUGAAUUUUAAUAAUUCAUAAUAUCCUUUACCCAUUCACCACAAAUAAUUGAGAGUUGACUGUAUUCUUGCAGAAUAUAAAGAAAAAUACUGUGGCCAAGGAUUGGGCUUCUCUCAGAAGAAAAGUGUUUUGGUUUCAUUCACUCUACUGAAAGUUGAAUAAAUAAACACAAUUUCUGUGAUAAGAAUAUAAUAGCUUUAAGUUAAAUGUGCACUCAUUCAAGUUUAAUGAAAAAUGCAUUUUAUUUUUUUGUUAUAUUUUGACUGUAUCACUGUAUCGAGGCUGAAUGACUGAUACUCCGGUGAAAACCCUUAUGAUCACAUUUUAUAUAGGUUCAAAGUGUAACAUUAAUGUUAUACUUUGUAUUUAAAUCCUCUGGUUUUAGAAAUUUUAAGAAAGAUGCUCUGUCCUCUUCCCCAAAGUGUGAUAUUUCAUCAUACACAAAACAAGGAGUUAUUUCAUACCUUUCAGGAACUAUAAAAUUAAUUUCAAAGAAAUACUUGAAGAAAAUCUUUCCCCAUUCUGCAAGUAAGUGCUUCCAUUUAUUUAAAAGUAUAAUUUGAAUCUUAAUUUGAAAACUACAUGUAUAAAUACCCGUUGUGAGACACGGAGUUUCUAAGAAAAAUGGGACACAGCUUCUUUAAAACCCUUAUUUCAGGUCAUACUCAACUUCAUGGAACUCCUGAAACAUCACUCAACUUUAAACCUUAUUUAAAAGCAUUUUUGUAUCGCUGUCUCUGUCAUGAAAAGUUCUGUAAUAUAAUGGUGUUUCUGUUUUUUUUUUCUUUUUUUUUUUCUCAUCUGUACCACAGUUAAAUUAGAUUCCACAUUUUCCCUGUUUCUUGGGCUUUCUGUAGAUCAGUGGAUCUUAGGUUUAAAUUUGUUUUAUUUGAUGAAGCUUUCAAUAAAAAAUGAAAAUAAAAUCAAUAAA